AUGUCGGGCGACAGCAGCCGCCGCCGGUCGGAAGGCCGGGGCCGGGGCCGGGGCCGCGAUGCGCACAGCGACUCCACCCGCUCCAGCUCCCGCUCGCGAUCGCCGCUGGCGCCUGGCGCCCGGCGCGGGGAGGCACCGCCGCGCCCAAGCCUGGACGCAGAGGACCUGUCGGACUCGGAGGACGAGGGUGUGGACCCAGCCAGCCUGGAGGCGGAGACCGACCACGGCCUGUGCCGCCAGAUUCGCCACCAGUACCGGGCGCUCAUCACCUCAGUCCAACAAAAUCGGGAGGACAUACUGAGUGCUGGUGACAGGUUGACAGAGGUCCUUGAAGAGGCCAACACUCUGUUUAAUGGAGUGUCUCGAGCAAGAGAAGCAGUCCUAGAUGCCCAGUUUCUUGUUUUGGCUUCAGAUUUGGGGAAAGAGAAAGCAAAGCAGCUGCGUUCUGAUCUGAGCUCGUUUGAUAUGUUGAGAUACGUCGAGGCUCUACUUACACAUAUGGGUAUAAAUCCACUAGAAGCGGAAGAGCUCACCCAUGAUGAAGACAGUUCUGAUUUUGAAUCGAUAGUCUAUGAUUCCUGGAAAAUACCAGGCAAAACAGCCGAAAACAGCUUCAAUAAAGCCCAUACAUUCCACUUUCUGUUGGGUUCAAUACAAGGAGAGCUCCCUGCGCCAAAGCCACGAGUCGAUCGUCCAAGGAAAGAACGAAUGACGGAAGAGCAGAAGAGGGCAAUGCCUGCCCAGUUAAAGAGAAUGGAAGAAUCCCAUCAAGAAGCAACAGAAAAAGAAGUAGAAAGGAUCUUGGGAUUGUUGCAAACGUAUUUUCAACAAGAUCCGGACACACCAAUGUCCUUCUUUGAUUUUGUGGUUGACCCACAUUCCUUUCCCCGCACAGUAGAAAACAUCUUUCAUGUUUCCUUCAUUAUAAGGGAUGGCUUUGCGAGAAUAAGACUUGAUCAAGAUCGACUGCCGAUAAUAGAGCCUGUUACUAUUAGUGAAAAUGAGAGCAUUGACCACAACACCCAGAUUCGGAACCAGGGGAUUAUCUCGCUGAGUUAUCGGGACUGGGAGGAGAUCGUGAGGACCUUUGAGAUUUCCGAGCCCGUCAUUGCCUCCAGUCAGAGCCAGCGGGAUCAGAGUACUUGA